AGCUGGAACAGCACCGACCAACCUAUAACUAAUUACAGCAUCAACACAUCUCCCGCGUCAGCAUCCUGUUAGGACCAUCUCCCCCUUCCUGCUGCUCCUCCUUGAGUAACGCAGGACUCCCUUCCUCCAGCUGCUGGGUCCUACACGAGACACAACAACAAAUCAUGUUAUCCAUGAGAGUGGUGACGGCGGCGGUGGUAGUGGUGGUGGCGUUGAUGGUGGGUCAGAAUGUUGGUGUUGGGGUGACGCAGAUCGCCAGGGAAGUCGAAGGCAUCACCAAGCUUAGAGGAGACCUGGCGGUCCUGGAUCCCUCGAAGAGAACCAAGAGGUCUCCAAUCUUCAGUCUCUUCAGACGGAGUCGCAGCAGGAGUAAAGGAAAGAAGCCUAGCACCUCAUAUGGUGCUCCUCCUAGCCCAUCCUAUGGAGCUCCUCCAAAGGCUCCUAGCCCAUCCUAUGGAGCUCCUCCAAAGGCUCCUAGCCCAUCCUAUGGAGCUCCUCCAAAGGCUCCUAGCCCAUCCUAUGGAGCUCCUCCCAAGGCUCCUAGCCCAUCUUAUGGAGCACCUGCUCCUAGCCCAUCUUAUGGACCCCCUCCAAAGGCUCCUAGCCCGUCGUAUGGAGCACCUGCUGCUCCUAGUCCGUCCUAUGGGGCACCUCCUGCUCCUAGCCCAUCCUACGGGGCACCUGCUGCUCCUAGCCCAUCCUAUGGGGCACCUGCUGCUCCUAGCCCAUCUUACGGGGCACCUGCUGCUGCUCCUAGUCCGUCCUACGGGGCACCUCCUGCUCCUAGCCCAUCCUACGGGGCACCUGCUGCUGCUCCUAGUCCGUCCUACGGUGCACCUCCUGCCCCUAGCCCAUCCUAUGGGGCGCCUGCUGCUCCAAGCCCAUCCUAUGGGGCGCCUGCUGCUGCUCCUAGCUCAUCCUACUCUGCUCCCUAAUAUAUUCGUCAUGUUUCUCGCAUUAUAUAAAUUUAGUACUGUUUGUAGUCAUCAUUCACAGAGCACAGCAGAGAAAAUGUGGGGCUAGUUAGAUUAGAGACGUGUGUAAAGCUCCUCUCUCCUAUGUGCUGGAUAUUUGUGUAUUGUUCCAGUCACGGUAUUGUGCCUCUUUGUUCUUUACAGUAUCCUUGACUGGUGGUGGACAGGUAACGUGCAACCUGAAUGACCCCUCCUUCAGUCGACAACCUUUCUAACCCAACCAACGUUAUCUUAAAGGGGAGUUUCUGAGUUCGACUGAAGGACGUCGUUGAAGGUGGUCGGUCCGAAGUCUUUAGGCGUCGAUGGGUGACUCGGGGGAAUGGGGAUGGAGACUUUCAGACUCAAAUGGAGCCCUAAUAUUCUUGGGUUAUGCAGCACCUGGAUGAGUGGGAGGUAAUCAGGGUUGAUCCAUGAAAGGAGAGGGUGGUUCUAAUGCUUUGGAUCAAGAGCCCUUCACUAGCGUAAAGGCGGAAGAAGGCGGAGACAGUGACUAUCUUCUGAGUAUGAAGAACUAGAGAUAUUAUUAUGGUUAUAAGCAUAACCAUAAUUUUUAAAGGGGUGGAGGAGUAAGCCAGUGGAAGGACUCCGUCUGAUGACCAAAAGCUCAAGCUGUGGGUCAUCAUAUGAUCAAGAUCAGCGCCAGGAAACACUUGUCCUGUUUCCUGACAAACCUUACCUAACCUUACUAGAGAUCUAAUUAUAUACGUAAGGUGAUGUGGAAAGACUUAGAGAUUCAUAAGAUACUAUCAUAUAAAAUACUGUUAUACAAGAUACUAUCAUAUAAGAUACUAUCAUAUAAUAUACUGUUUCAUAAGAUACCAUAGUUUCUGAAUAUAGAAAGUACAUUAAUACUGACAGUAUAGAUGCCAGAACACAGUGCAUGCACUCGGCACUUGUUUAACGAAUACGUUACACUCACGAGACCUCGGUCACUCCAAAUGACAUGACCAAAGUCCCAGUACUGUAACAUAUCCAGUAGAGAUGACUCGUCUUUUCUCCAUAUCAUCACUUCUCAUGUCUUCCGACGUGAGAGUUCUUCGUCAAUCAACCAGUUGGUGUCGCUCCUCUUAUCUGCAUCUCCGGCUGCUGUGAUCUAGUCCUGCUGUGGCUCACGUAUUGACUCUUAAAUAAAUGUUAAUACAUUAUUACCAACACGUUAUUCAUUGUUAAUUCAUCAGAAUUGAUUAAAAAGGAACUCAUGUAUUAAUAGACAUUACUCUCACUUGCCACUAUAUCAUCUUUCUUUAAUUAAGCAAAAUUGGGUACAUGAGCAGUGUGCAAAUAAUAAUAAUAAUAAUAAUAAUAAUAAUAAUAAUAAUAAUAAUAAUAAUAAUAAGAAGAAGAAGAAGAAGAAGAAGAAGAAGAGAAGACGAAAAGAAAGAAGAGCCUAUUUCUAAGUUGCAUCUUCCCUUCUUUCUUCUUAAUGGCAUGAGUGUGGAUCGCACUUCGUGUUCACUCGCCUUAUCCUCCCGAGACUCGGGUUCACAUCCAUUCUUUGGAUUACUAAUCCCGAAGGAGUUACCAAUCCCGAUAAUGGAUUCACUUUACCACGAAGCCCAGGAUUUUAGAGCUUUCUUGUGACAAUAAUAAUAAUAACAAUAACAACCCAGGAUAACCAAGAAAGCUGCUCACUGUGGCUUACAUUAUGGUCCUUCCCCAGGAUGCCACCCACAACACCCAGCUACCUACUUACUGCAGUGUCACCCAGGGUUCGAACCCGGUUCUUUCAGUUUUGAUCCAAACUUCUUUAAGAUGUGAAGACGGGGAGGGGAAGGGAGGAAGGACCUUAAUGCAAGUAAAGGGCUCUUGAUCCACGCAGCUUCAGUUACCUCCCCUCUCCCUUGGGAAGGGCAGAUGGGAGGUGCUUAAUGGCCCCCUGUGGUUUUAGCGCUUCUCCGUGAAUAUUAUAAUAUACCGACUAUUUAUUUCUCAGUUUAACAAUAUAUUAACAUCGUCGACUAAAUAAUUUGAGUCAUUAAACAAAUUUUUAAAAUUCUAAUUGACAUUGAAAUAAUUUUUGAGAAGAUAUAUAUUGUAAUAUUAGUUGGUGCAUUGUGGUCCAGGAGGGACCAUCAUGGUCCAGGAUGGUUCAAGAUGAACCAUGAUGGUGGUCCAGGAUGGUUCAAGAUGAAC